AAAAAAUAACUUAUUUAAUAAAACCUUGAAUAAAAACAUUUGUGGCCUACAGUGCAAAAAGAAAACAGAAAAGUAAAAUAAGACAAUUAUGCAUACGGUAAUGUAAUUAUUACUUAGUCGUGUGGUCAUAAUCGUUAUCAUGAAUAUAAUUACAAUACGUGUAUCAUUACAAUGAAACUUUAUAUCUGAGAUAAUUCGUUGAUAAUUAAAAUAGUUUUAACAACGGGGUGGAUAAGAAAACUCAUUAUUCAGCAAUACAAUAGAUCAAAUUCAAAAUCAGCAGGCAAUAAAAAUGUAGAAAGUGUAUGUAAGGUUACUUUCUCUGGAGAGUAAUGUCUUUUAAGGUUAUGUCAGCUAUCAUUCCUGCACCUGACACCACAAAACUAGAAGAUUCUUCAAAAAUAUUUAACCAGUUGUUAGAUUGUGUUCAGCAGUGUCAGAGACGUUUUGGUGGAAAAGCAGAACUUGCCACAGAUUUUGAUAGCUGUGUUGUCUCUCUGUGCCUUACUUUAGAAGCUGUCCUUUUACACGGUCUAAAGAAUAAACCAGUUGAUAUCGAAAAAACAUCAACAUUAAAACAAGUGUCUGAUAUUAUCAGCAGCAGUCUCAAUUUGACUAAUGAAAAUAUAUCAUUCUGGCCGUUUGUGAAAAAGCAUCUAACAAAGCAUGAAAUAGAAAGGUAUGAAUUUUUGAGUCAUAUAUGGACAGAUUGUGGCAGAGGCAGGGCAUGGUUAAGGUCUUCUUUGAACGAAAGAUCUUUGGAAAGGUAUUUUUAUUCCUUUGUUAAUGAUAAGGAUUUAUUAAAAAAAUACUACUGUGAAGGAGCACUUUUACGAGAUGAAGAAAAAAGUAAUUUACUUCCAAAUAUGGCUGCAGGCUUGUGUUCUAUUUUGUUUGCAAUAAGUAUUAACAAACCUGAUCUGAACAGUGGUGUUCAACUUUCAAUUAGAAGAGUUAAAGAAAAGAGUGAACCAAUAAUUGAAGUACCUGUGCCAGUGGGUAAAAGUCAUCGAAGAAACCGAAAAGUUGCAAAACAAAUUAUUUUGUUUGAUGAGGAAGAUAGCAGUGCUGUGUCAACAAGUGUUCCAUCAAGCUGCGAAAGUUUCACGUCUUCUGAAAUUAAUUCCGUAAUAAAAAUGGCAGAAAGUCAAUCUGAAGUCGUUGAAGAAUCUCAGAUUAGAAACAAUGACCCACACACCCAAAAAGAGAAACCCAAACACCGGGUAAGCAUAGAAUCUAUUAGAACAUCGGAGCAGUAUGUUGUUGAUGGCACUUUAACACCUGUUGAACAAACAAAUAUUGGAGAACUGACUCCGAUAUCUGUCGAACGAAACGAAAUUGACUCACCGGACACUUCUGAUAACAUUAUAGAAGUUCCCACUGAUAUAAGUGCAGUCCUUACUGCAGUAGAAAAUAAAAAUAAAGAAGAGAUUAAAAAAUUGCAGAGCAAAAUAGAGACACUGACGAAAGAGAAACAGACGUUACAGGAACAAUUAAAAAAUUAUGUCAGUGCUAUUAUGCUCAAUGACACUGAUGGGAAUAUUUUAAAAGAUAUAAAAGAAUUAAAGAUUUCAGAAGAAUCCACGAACUUACCGGAUUACAAAAAUGAAGCAAAACUAUUUGAACAAAAAUUAAUUCAGGUGGCUGAAAUGCAUGCGGAAUUAAUGGAUUUUAAUGUUCGUUUGCAAACUUCUUUGAACCAGAAAGAUACUUUGCUAGAUCGCCUAAAGAGAGAAUUGGAAGAAUUAAGAGGACCUGUUCCUGCUGAUGAGCUGGGGGAAGAAGUUCGAAACUGCGUAAAUGUAUGGAUCCCUUCAGCAUUUCUUACAGGAAGUGGUUCGGAUGCUCAUCACGUUUAUCAGAUAUUUUUGAGAGCAGGAAACGACGAGUGGAAUAUUUAUCGGAGAUAUGCUCAAUUCUACAACUUGCAUUGCGAUUUAAAAAAGGUCGAUCCAAUAGUAGCAACAUUUGAUUUCCCCCCUAAGAAAAGCAUAGGAAAGAAGGACUCAACAUUGGUUGAAAAUCGCAGGAAGCGUUUGCAAACAUAUCUGAGAAAAGUUUUGGCCCAUUGGCCUGAACUAUCCCAUUGCAACAGCAGAUAUUUACUUGAGCAACAUUUGCCAUUUUUUAAAGAUAAAACUAAUGACGACAAAAAUAAAAAUGAGGGUAGACGAAGUGUCUUCUCUUCCAGAAAAAACACUCCUAUGACUGCAGACAGUCAUUACACGGGAUUAUAGUUUAAUUUGUAAUAAGUUAAUUAUUUGUUAAGUGCAAAUAUACUCACGUUUAAGUAUAAAUAAUAACGAAACGAGGGCAGAAAUAGUAAUAAAAUAAUGUAUAGAAAUGUAUAUAUGUAGUUGUACAUGUAGUAAUGUUUUGUAGGCAUAAUACGUAUCAAAACCAAAACUUAAUUAAUUACUAACAUUUUUAUGAUAUUGUAAACAGAAAAUUUCGUAAUUUUCGAUUCGUGCAUUAAAAAGUAUUUAAAAAGGUAGAUUCUAAGAUUAAAAGUUGCCUUUAACAUUUCUAAUCAUUUCCGAGCAACAAAUUAUUUAUCCUUUUUAUAUGGUCAGUGAAGUAUGUUUAGUUUAUUGAAAAAAGGUAAUUAUUCAUAUUACCUACUCCUACUGUACAAUUUUCAUCCUGUGAUAAAAACAAACCAGUAAACAUUUCAUAUUUA